AUGAUCGGACCACUCCGACAUACCAUUGCGCCGGCUUUGGGAAGUGCCGUGGUGGAACCCCCCGGAGGACACCAUUGGGCGGCCUUGUCCGAUUGUCGUAUUCGACUUUUCAUCACACGUGACUAUUCGGUCCAGAAAACCAGGUUCUUCGGCUCGCAAAAGCAGCAAUCGCGAUGCCUCCAUUCUUCGGGAUUUCUCUGCUUCGGUCAACUCAUGGGGUACCCAUUUGUCGAGCAUUUUCUUGAAUUCCAUCGACUUCAGGUGGUUAGCCACCGAUGA